UUUUUUUUUUUUUUUUCAAAAGCAAAAAGGGUAUAUACAUACAUACAUACAUAAAUAGACUUUUCAGAUCAUCAUUUAUAACAAGAUCUCAAGCUUUCAAACAACAAGAUCAUCCUCCUUUCUUCUUUCAGAUCAAAAGGGAAUAAUAAGGGAUAUCUUUAGCAUGAUCUUAUCAUUCUUUGGAAGUCAUAGAAUCAUCAAUCGGAUUUGAUGGGUUGCAUUAGUUCCAAAGAAGUUAAGCAUACCCCGGGGUAUGAGGAUCCCGCUCUUUUAGCUAAAGAAACCCCAUGUAAGUUCUCGUAUAUACCCCCAUUCAGCGUGAGUGAAGUCGAGGCUUUGUAUGAGCUUUUCAAGAAGUUGAGUAGCUCCAUCAUCAAUGAUGGUCUCAUUCACAAGGAAGAAUUCCAGCUUGCGCUUUUCAGAAACAGAAAGAGGCGAAAUCUAUUUUCAGACAGGAUAUUCGAUCUGUUUGAUCUGAAACGUAAUGGAGUUAUUGAGUUUGGCGAGUUUGUUCGAUCAUUAGGCGUUUUUCAUCCUAAUGCUCCAGUAGAAGAUAAAAUAAAAUUUGCUUUCAGGCUAUAUGAUCUAAGACGUACCGGUUUUAUCGAAAGAGAGGAGUUAAAAGAGAUGGUGAUAGCACUCUUACACGAAUCAGAUUUGGUACUUUCGGAAGACGUUAUCGAAACGAUAGUCGAUAAGACGUUUAGUGAUGCGGAUUUGAAGGGCGAUGGAAAGAUAGACGAAGACGAAUGGAAACAAUUUGUGGCAAAGAAUCCGUCUCUCAUAAAGAACAUGACCCUCCCCUAUUUAAAGGACAUAACUUUGGCGUUCCCGAGCUUUGUUCUGACCAGUGAAGUAGAAGAAUCGGAAAUAUAAAACAUGGAGACUCGUCAAUAAAUGAGACGAUUUGGGGUAUGAAGUAAAGUGGGCGCUUUGAACUCUCGUUGGCCAAAAAGCUAGGGGGCAAAAUGGGAAAUUUUAGAUGGUUCCGAGGCAGGGUGCAUUGAGGUUCAUGUACAGAAGGGGGUAAAAAUGGCAAAUGCUGUGUAUCAACUGUUCAGUCUAGUUAUCUUGUUUUGUUCUUUGGUGUAAGUUGAGAGAUUUUAAAUCUUGUAAGAUGGAAAUGAUGAAUAAAGUGCUGGUUUUGUGUUAGUAUGGGGAUAAUUACUUAUAUUCGCGGGUUUGUAAUCUUUAUAUGAGGUUUAGUUUGUUGAAUCA